AUGUCUCAACAACCAACUUCGACUCUCCAUUCAUCCCCGUCCCAUGGAGUCUCUGGAAGUCCUCGCCUCAAGAUUGAGCCAUCCCACCUCAAACUAGAACACCCAUUCAUGAAGGUCGAGCAGAACGUCAUGCAAAGGCCAAUGUCAAAUAUCGAGAUGGCCCAGUCUACGGCAGCUCCAUCUUCAACUUCAUCUCCACCUGCCGGACCAGGGUCAAAUACCGCCGCCCCGGGGCCGAUCCCUGCUACGACUCCUUUGGUCGUCCGCCAGGAUCAGAAUGGUGUGCAAUGGAUCGCAUUCGAGUACUCUCGGGACAGAGUGAAGAUGGAGUAUCAGAUCCGAUGCGACGUCGAGUCCGUGGUCAUCGAGGAAUUAACUCCUGAGUUCAAGACCGCGAAUUGUGUGUAUCCGGGUGCAUACAGCGGCAAGGAAGGCUACAAGGGAAACCGACUUCACUACGAAAGCGAAUGCAAUGCUGUCGGCUGGGCGCUAGCACAUCUCAAUCCAGCACUAAGGGAGAAGCGUGGCCUCAUUCAACGUGCUGUAGAUAGUUGGCGCAACAGCAACCAAGAUCCUCGCUUGCGCAGCAGACGAGUGAGAAGGCAAGCCAAGAUCAACAACCGAAAGGCCCAACUACGCCAACCGGAUGGACCGAUUUCUCUUUCUCCUGCCGAAGUCCUUGCGUCACGAGUACAACCUGUCAUGUCAAUGGAUUCAACCAGACCACCCCCACUCAACCUAGCUGCUGGCCAGCUACAUCAUCACCACUCGACGUCGGAUGGUAUUAGCAAUGAAGCACAUUCAUUUUUGAGUCGUCAAAGCCCACCAAGUAGUCUUGGUCUCGAAUCUCCUGUUGAAGCUUGCCGUCGGGACAGCCAUUGCCCUGCAUUCUUGUCAUCCGUCUCCAGUGAGUUCCACUCCUCGUCUUCAGACAGCCAUGGAUGGAUCAAGUCGGAAGAAGAUGAAAGGAAGCCGCCGCUCAUCAAGAACGUGCCCGAAGGCAAAAAACGAAAAUUCAUCUUGGUCGACGAUCUCGUACGUGGAACCCGAGUGCGUGUGCAUGUGGAGCUUGACAACAUCAAAAUGGAAGAGAUGCCGGACUUUCAUCUUCAGAAGAACAGCGUAUUUCCACGCCAAUUUUUCCCUCGUCAAAUGCGUUCACCUUCGUCCUCCCCCAGGUAUUCGGACGGGCUGGUUAGAGCAGGCGAAGUUGAGAGAGAAGAUGGCUCCGCGAAUUUCAACGACGGGGACAACAUGGUGCAUGUGCCUCUAAUGGACGGCUCACGAUCAGGACUGUCUAUUCCUCUGGAAACCAAGGAUCUUGAAAGCAAGGAGCGUGAGCUCAAUGAGCUGGGCUAUCGCAUGAGUUGGAGGCAAGCGAAGACGUUCAACGAAAGACCGAUAUUCAUGCAGAAGUCCCUGGAUGCCUACCGGGACAAGACAUGGAGUGCGAUGCUAGCCUCCGGUCAGAACGAUUCGUGCCUUGCUUCCCACUUCGAAGUUAGAACGGGCAAACGAAUGUGGAUAGAGCGAAAUGGUUCUGAUAUUCCAUCAUCAUGA